AUGGCUAGCCCUCUGCCUUCUUCCUCCCGUCUUUUCUGCUCAGUGUGCUGUAUGUAUAGCGAGCACCCUGGCUCCUUCGUCGAGGACAGUAGUAGCUGUAGGAAGUGUAGCUUAGUCUCAGGGUUGGAGACCAGGGUUUCUGAGCUAGAAGCACGGCUCUGCACUCUAGAGACGAAAGCUAGUCCUAGCUAUAGCCAGGUAGUGGCAGGGCCCGCAGGUCGUGCUUGCAGUAGUAGGAUUGCUAGCGCAGUUAGCCCCCCAGCGAGCCCCGUGCAGCCGGGGGAAAUUAAGGACGGAUUUGUGACUGUACGGGGGAAGCGCAGUGGUAAACGCACAACCUUAGUGCGCCAGCAGCUUCACGUCAGCAAUAGGUUUGCCCCCCUCAGCGACACACCGGCUGAACCAGACACUCUCGUAAUUGGAAGCUCCAUAGUUAGAGACGUGAAGCACCCGGCGGUGUCUGUCAGGUGUUACCCAGGGGCCAGAGUCGGUGACAUCGAAGGAAACCUCAGGCUCUUAAAGCAGAGUAGGAAGAGGUUCCGCCGUAUCGUGAUUCACGCAGGCGGUAACGACGCCCGGCGGAGACAGUCUGAGGUGCUUAAAUUAAACGUAGCCUCGGUGUGUAAACUUGCUAAGUCGAUGGCGGACACCGUAGUUUUCUCUGGUCCUCUGCCUAAUUUGGUCAAUGAUGAGAUGUACUCUAGAUUCUCAUCAUUUAACCGCUGGUUGUCUAGAUGGUGCCCAGAAAACGAUAUAGUCUUUGUUGAUAACUGGCACGCGUUUUGGGGCAAGUCCGGGCUCAUGCGCCGAGACUGCAUUCAUCCGACUUGGGACGGUGCUGCUCUCUUAACUCGAAAUUUGGCCGCCAAACUAAGUCUCCCAAAGUGACACUUCAGAGUGGGG